AUGACUAUUAAGGUGGUUGUUAGAGGGUUUACUUUAAACGUAAUUAGUGUUUACGCACUUCAAGUGGGUUUGGACGAGGAGGUUAAAAGACGUUUCUGGGAUAAUUUUGCCGGGUUGUUCCGUGGCAUUCCGUACACCGAGAAGCUUAUCAUAGGAGGAGAUACCAAUGGCCACAUCAUGAUGACUUCAGGGGGUUAUGACAGUAUGCAUGACGGCUUCAGUUUUGGAGAUAGAAACAGAGGAGGAACUUCAUUGUUGGAUUGUGUUAAAGCUUUUGAUUUGGUGAUUACUAACUCGUAUUUCUCAAAAAAGAGAAACAUUUGA